UUGGUCAAAGUUAAAGAUUCCAAACUCACGUGCCUUUAGCUUGCUUUGAGGGCGGUGUCAGCUUGCUAGCUACCCGGUGUUGUUGGAAAUUACAAAGUUGAAAAAUAUUCUUCGGACAUGGGAACGCGAGAUGAUGAAUACGACUAUUUGUUUAAAGUCGUUCUAAUCGGAGAUUCGGGUGUGGGGAAGAGUAACCUGCUGUCCCGUUUCACCCGGAACGAGUUCAACCUGGAGAGCAAGAGCACCAUAGGGGUGGAGUUCGCCACCCGCAGCAUCCAGGUGGAUGGAAAGACAAUAAAAGCUCAGAUCUGGGACACAGCCGGACAGGAGCGCUACAGAGCGAUCACCUCAGCGUAUUACCGGGGUGCGGUCGGAGCUCUCCUGGUUUACGACAUCGCCAAGCACCUGACGUAUGAGAACAUGGAGCGCUGGCUGAAGGAGCUGAGGGACCACGCCGACAACAACAUCGUCAUCAUGCUGGUGGGGAACAAGAGCGACCUCCGCCACCUCAGGGCCGUGCCCACCGAUGAGGCUCGAGCCUUCGCAGAAAAGAAUACUCUGUCCUUUAUUGAAACGUCAGCACUGGACUCCACUAAUGUAGAGGAAGCAUUCAAGAACAUUCUCACAGAAAUCUACCGGAUCGUAUCUCAGAGGCAAAUAUCAGACAGAUCUGCCCAUGACGACUCUCCAGGAAACAAUGUCGUGGACAUCAGCGUCCCCCCAACCAUGGAUGGGCAAAGGGGCAACAAACUCCCCUGCUGUCAAAGCCCGUGACCUUUACGUGUUCUGUUAGUCUCUUCUGUUUCCCUUUCUCAUUCACUUCAACUGUCCUGCAGCUCUCAUUACGUUCUCGCGUUUUCAAAAAGCUGGGAUGUCACCAUUUUUAUUUUUGCUGUUUUUCUAUUGAUUUUCCUUUUUAAAUUCAGAGCCUUGCUGUAGCCAGGUGAAAGGCGCUUUGAAGCAGGUUAAACCUGUAGUAGACUACAGUCUCUUUCUAAUUCACAAGAUGAUGAUCCUAUUGACCCGCUUCUGCCUAGGGACUGGUGAGGGAUCUACAGGUCUGCUUAUCAGUGCUCCAAGCUCUUUCUGCUAGCCACCUCUUCCUGGUCUGCAUAAAGACUCAUGACACAGUUUUCCUCAGUGGAAACUUUUUAUCUCUUGCGUGGUUGGCCUGAUUCUGCCCUGUGCUGCUGUAGAGGAGGAGCUGAGGAGAAAAAAGGUCUGCUCCGAGUUGCGUGGUCUGAAAUUUCUGCUUGCCACUUUGAGCCCCGUGUCCAUCCUGGUAUGAAAUCAGCAUUAGCCAGAGACAAGACUGGCUGUGACUGAUUGAUUUAAUGUGGGCAGGUGAGAAACAAAUGCUGUGAUUUAAUUGUGUGUGCGUAUCUAUCUGUAUGUGUGUUGAUUAUAGAGCACGAAGAUACCAAAGGAAACUAUUGCAAUCCUCAUGCUUUUCCAGGCUAUUUGCAAAACAAGUGUAAUGCUCCAUAGACAAGCUAAUUUGUUGUUAUGUCUGCUUGAUUGUUUGUGAAAUCUGAUCAUCUGUUUCUUGUUCUUCAUUUUAAUAUGGCUAAAAUCAAACUUUGGCUUCUGCAAAUCAAAGUUUUUGCACUAAUGUCCAACAGUUUCACCCGAAACAUGUUCCAUGAUAAUUUCAAACCCUUCAAAAAGACCAUGAUUGCUGUUUUUGUCCUGGAGAACGUUUUUCUUCCAACUUUUGCUGUCAUUUGAAUGUGUUAAAUGUCAAACUGGACUGCAUUUAAAAUUUGUUUAAUCUGAGGACAUUUCUAUCACAGCAACAACAAAAAUAUUAUUUAAACAGGAUUUUUUUUUUUUUUCAACCAUUUAACUUUUUACACUUAUUUGAGAAAAAGGAACUGAAAACAUAAAAGUCUGAAUAUCAAUAAAUGGAUGGAAUUGGUUUUUUGAUUAAGCUUUUCUGUAGAAUGUAUCCAAUGUGAUCGUUGACAUUUUCUCAAAGGCCUGUGAAGUGAGCAAUUUUGCUUUUAUGUGGCUCAUGAGAUGCUGAAAUAAAAAGAAGUGUGUAAACCACUGGA